AUGGCUGCAUCUGGCUUGUUUCUUAAUCUGAUGCCCAUUGGCACUUACCAUAGAAAUACAGAUCAAACAGGUUUUACAUAUUUAAAGGAUAGCUGUACAUGUAAUACAGUAGAUUGUAGAUGGACAGAAGAUUGUAGUAGAUGUAGAGGUACAUUCCCAAAUAGCGAUGGCCUUGGAGGAGUGGGGACAGUUUCAUCCCCAAAUAGCGAUGGCCUUGGAGGAGUGGGGACAGGUACAUCCCCAAAUAGCGAUGGCCUUGGAGGAGUGGGGACAGGUACAUCCCCAAAUAGCGAUGGCCUUGGAGGAGUGGGGACAGUUUCAUCCCCAAAUAGCGAUGGCCUUGGAGGAGCGGGGACAGGUACAUCCCCAAAUAGCGAUGGCCUUGGAGGGACAGGUACAUUCCCAAAUAUCGAUGGCCUUGGAGGAGUGGGGACAGGUACAUCCCCAAAUAGCGAUGGCCUUGGAGGGACAGGUACAUCCACAAAUAGCGAUGGCCUUGGAGGAGCGGGGACAGGUACAUCCACAAAUAACGAUGGCCUUGGAGGGACAGGUACAUCCACAAAUAGCGAUGGCCUUGGAGGAGCGGGGACAGUUACAUCCCCAAAUAGCGAUGGCCUUGAGGGAGUGGGGACAGGUACAUCCCCAAAUAGCGAUGGCCUUGGAGGGACAGGUACAUCCCCAAAUAGCGAUGGCCUUGGAGGGACAGGUACAUUCACAAAUAGCGAUGGCCUUGGAGGAGUGGGGACAGGUACAUCCCCAAAUAGCGAUGGCCUUGGAGGAGUGGGGACAGUUACAUCCCCAAAUAGCGAUGGCCAUAGAGGAGUGGGGACAGGUACAUCCCCAAAUAGCGAUGGCCUUGGAGGAGUGGGGACAGUUACAUCCCCAAAUAGCGAUGGCCUUGGAGGAGCUGGCACAGGUACAUCCCCAAAAAGCGAUGACCUUGGAGGAGCGGGGACAGGUACAUCCCCAAAUAGCGAUGGCCUUGGAGGAGCGGGGACAGGUACAUCCCCAAAUAGUGAUGGCCUUGGAGGAGCAGGGACAGGUACAUCCCCAAAUAGCAAAAGCCUUGGAUGAGCGGGGACAGGUACAUCCACAAAUAGCGAUGGCCUUGGAGGAUUGGGGACAGGUACAUCCCCAAAUAGCGAUGGCCUUGGAGGGACAGGUACAUCCCCAAAUAGCGAUGGCCUUUGAGGAGUGGGGACAGUUACAUCCCCAAAUAGCGAUGGCCUUGGAGGAGCGGGGACAGUUACAUCCCCAAAAAGCGAUGGCCUUGAGGGAGUGGGGACAGGUACAUCCCCAAAUAGCGAUGGCCUUGGAGGAGCGGGGACAGGUACAUCCCCAAAUAGCGAUGGUCUUGGAGGAGUGGGGACAGGUACAUCCCCAAAUAGCGAUGGCCUUGAGGGAGUGGGGACAGGUACAUCCCCAAAUAGCGAUGGCCUUGGAGGUACAGGUACAUUCACAAAUAGCGAUGGCCUUGGAGGAGUGGGGACAGGUACAUCCCCAAAAAGCGAUGGCCUUGAGGGAGUGGGGACAGGUACAUCCCCAAAUAGCGAUGGCCUUGGAGGUACAGGUACAUUCACAAAUAGCGAUGGCCUUGGAGGAGUGGGGACAGGUACAUCCCCAAAUAGCGAUGACCUUGGAGGAGCGGGGACAGUUACAUCCCCAAAUAGCGAUGGCCUUGAGGGAGUGGGGACAGGUACAUCCCCAAAUAGCGAUGGCCUUGGAGGGACAGGUACAUUCACAAAUAGCGAUGGCCUUGGAGGAGUGGGGACAGGUACAUCC